AUGGAGUACUCGGUAGGGAUGGCGGCAGAUGAGUUCCUAGAGGACCAACGGCGGCGCCCAAGCCCCGUAGUGGGUUACAUCCUUGGCGUCAGGUGGCAACCGGCUGUAAAACAGAAGCCAACAACCAUACUUAUCAUGAAAAGACAACACGUAAGGAACACGAGGAAUACUAGGGCGUUCCCCUUAAGCGACGUCGGAGAUGAUGGAACUGCGAAAUAUGCUAGGGCGUCCCCCAAAAGCGACGGAAAAGCAAAACAGCAAGGCACCGUGACAAUGUCCGAACUACGUAUUGCUAGCUGGAACAUUUGCACGAUGACAGGACGCAGCGCUGAAUUAAGUGCGAUCUUAGAACGACGUCGCAUCAACAUCUGUUGUGUGCAAGAGACAAAAUGGAAGGGUGCAAAUUCACGACAAAUCGGGAAGGGCUUUAAACUCAUAUACUACGGUACUGAAAAUGGGAAAAAUGGGGUCGGGAUUAUUCUAGAUCAACAUCUGAGCCAAAAGGUAAUAGAAAUAAAUAGAGCGAGUGACCGCAUCAUAUCUGUAAAACUAGCCUUGGAGAACCAAACCUGCCUCAAUAUUGUUUGUGUCUACGCGCCCCAGGUCGGCUGCCCUGAAACAGAGAAACAAGACUUCUGGGAAGAACUGUGUACAAUGGGCAUAUUACUAUUAGCAGCUUUAAAACUCAAACGACAAAUUAAAUAUAAAAUACCAAGAAUAGAUAGAAUUAAAUGGCAGGAACUUAAUUCGGAACAGGGAAGCAAUUUCAAGAAUAAAGUCCUAGAGUACUUGAGUAACGACUUCUCAUCAGACGACUCUCCUACAAUAAUCUGGUCUAAAUUUCAGGAUGCCUGUAUUGCUCAAGCGAAAUCUACACUGGGUAUCUCCAAGGGUCCCCUGCAUAACGAGAAAGAUGCCAAAUGGUGGAAUAACAACACCAAAGCUACAGUGUCUGAAAAGAAACGCCUGUUCAAGAAAUGGCAAGAGAGUGGCUCAGAGGAGGAUAAGGUAGAGUACAAACAGGCUAAAAAGAUUGCAAGAAGAUCAGUUGCAAUUGAGAAGGAACAUGCAGACCUUGACCUUUAUCGGCAACUAGAACUAGCUUCGGACACACAGAUAUAUAAAAUAGCGAAGCACAGGCAUAAUAGCACUAAGGACUUUAGGAUUACAAAGUACAUCAAAAACAGCAAAGGCAUGCUGCUAACAUCUGAUAAAGAUAUUUGUAAAAGGUGGUACGAGUAUUACCAUACAUUGCUCAAUGAGGAGUUCCCCAGACAGGCUGAAAUCGAAGAACCAAGAACACAAGGACCCGUAAAUCAAAUCACCAUAACGGAAGUCGAAAAGGCUAUUCUGAAAAUGAAAAAUCACAAAGCCUGCGGGCCUGAUGACAUUCCAGCUGAACUGUGGAAGUCCUUGAAGCCGAUUCCGGCCACGGCGGCCAAUCUCAUUGAGAUUAGCCAACUGCGCAGGAGAUAUUAUAGUGCUCAAGUGUACGCGCAGACACAAGUGCACUCUCUAUUCCUGUCACUCUCAUACUCCGGUGGGACGACUGCUCGACACGAC